GAGACAAAACCACUUUCAGAGAUAGUUUAUCCCAAUGCUUACCCCUAAAGAGAUUCCAUAUUAUCGUAGGGAUUUCAAGAAGCCCAAAUCAACACCAUAAUGAGCCAUGAGCUCCCUCACUGUCACAGCCACCCUGCUUCAGAUCAUCCUCAGUCUCAGCUUGCUCCUUCCAUCGCCACCCGUCGCGGCAGCGGCUCGCGCGAACCUCACCCGAGGCGCCGCCAUCGCUGUCGAGGACCAUGCCACUGACUUCUUGGUCUCCCCGGACGGCACGUUCGCCUGCGGGUUCUACAAUGUAUCGUCCACUGUCUUCACCAUCUCCGUCUGGUUCGCGCGGUCCACUGACCGUACCGUGGUCUGGACCGCCGCUCCCGCGCGCCCCGUGCACAGCAGGGGCGCCCGCCUCGCUCUUGACCGGCACGGCGGCGCGCUCGUCCUCACCGACUACGACGGCGAGGUGGUGUGGAACUCCACCGCCGGCGUCAAGGCCGCGUCGCGCGCUCGGCUCGACGACGUCGGCAACUUCAUGCUCGAGGACGCUGGUGGCAACACGCUGUGGCAGAGCUUCGACAGCCCCACAGACACGCUGCUUCCGGGGCAGCGCUUCACAGCGGCGAGGCACCUGGUAUCGCGCGACGGCAGGGGCAGGCUGCUCGCCGCCGGCUACUACAGCCUGGGUUUCAACGACUACGCCAUGCUCUCCCUCUUCUACGACAACGACAACUUCUCCAGCAUCUACUGGCCCAACCCCUACAACAACUACGUCGACAACAAGCGCAAGAUCUACAACUUCACACGAGAGGCGGCCCUCGACGCUCUCGGCCAAUUCCUCUCCAGCGACGACGCCAGCUUCGCGGCCGCCGACCUCGGCGGCAGAGUCAGGAGGCGGCUGACGCUGGACGCCGACGGAAAUCUCAGGCUGUACAGCCUGAACGAAGGGACUAAAGGAUGGACGGUGGUGUGGAUGGCGUUCGGCAACCCCUGCAUCAUCCAUGGCGUGUGCGGCGCCAACGCGGUGUGUCUCUACGCGCCCGCGCCGUCCUGCGUCUGCGCGCCGGGGCACGAGCGCGCCGACAAUGGCUACUGGACCAGGGGCUGCCGGCCGGUGUUCCGGCACGACUGCUCGAGGCCCACGAAGCUGGUGGCGCUGCCACACACCGACUUCUGGGGAUACGACCUCAACAACGGCGAGCGAAUGCCGUUGGAAGCGUGCUCCAAGAAGUGCCAGGACACCUGCGCUUGCGUGGCGUUCCAGCACAAGGAGCAGUACAUGGAGUGCUACCUCAAGAGCGUCCUCUUCAACGGCAGGACGUUCCCCGGUCUGCCGGGCACCGUGUACAUCAAGGUCCCAGCCGACUUCGGCGUGCCAGAGUUUCACGUGCAUCAAUGGCAGACGCACGGUGGCAGACUCGCCAUUCAAGAAGACAUCCCCGGGUGCGGCGGCGGUGGCACAGAGUUUCUCAAUUUCUCCACCUUCUCAAAGAGUGCUGCGACAGAAGCAAGGAAACCGGUGUGGUCCUACUUGUACGGAUUCUUGUCGGCAUUGCUCGUCGUCGAGGUGGUCAUCAUCGGGUUCGGCUGCUGGCUUUUCUCCAGCAGGGGACUCUUCGGGCCGUCGCGGGCGUGCUCAAUCGGGGAAGGAUACAGGCUGAUCACCAGCAAUUUCCAGAGGUACACCUACUCCGAGAUCAAGAGAGCCACUGGCAACUUCACCGACGUGAUCGGCAGCGGCGGUUCCGGCGUCGUGUACAAGGGGAUCCUGGAGGACAACAGGGUGGUGGCUGUCAAGGUGCUCAAAAAUGUGAGCCAGAGUGAGCAAGAGUUCCAAUCUGAACUGAGUGUCAUAGGAAGAAUCUAUCACAUGAACCUUGUCAGAAUGUGGGGGAGCUGCUCCGAAGCCAAGCACAGAAUUCUGGUCUCUGAACACAUAGAAAAUGGUUCACUUGCAGACAUGUUAUUUGACAGGGAUGCAUCAAACAGUGUUCUUGGUUGGAAUCAACGUUUUCAGAUCGCUCUAGGUGUGGCCAAAGGAUUGGCCUACCUUCACAAUGAGUGCUUGGAAUGGAUCAUUCAUUGUGACAUGAAGCCUGAGAACAUACUGUUGGACCAGGAUUUGGAGCCUAAGAUCGCCGAUUUUGGGUUGGUGAAACUGCUAAACCGAGAUGGGUCUGACGCUGGUUUUUCACGGAUUAGAGGAACAAGAGGGUACAUGGCUCCGGAGUGGGUUUCUAGCCUACCCAUUACCGAAAAGGUUGAUGUGUAUAGCUAUGGAGUGGUGCUCCUUGAGUUACUGAAGGGGGUCAGGAUUUCAGAAUGGGUGAUCGAUGCGGUUUUGUUUGCUGAGAUGGAUACUAGGAUGCUUGUUAAGGCUAUCCAAGAGAGGAUGGAACUCAGUGAUAAAGAAACAUGUGCGAAGGAUCUUAUCGACCAUCGACUGAAUGGUGAAUUUAAUAGUGUGCAAGCAAAGGCGAUGCUUAAGAUCGCUGUUUCGUGCCUGGAGGAAGAUAGAGGCAAGCGGCCAAACAUGAGCUCCGUUGUGCAGGCGCUCAUCUCCGUUGAAGACGAAGCAAGGUGACAUGCCAUUGAUUUGCAGCUGCAGUUUCUUGUGGAUUUAUGCUUGAACAGAUAUCUUUUAUCUCCAGAAAUAUACCGAUGCCGUUUAGCUUACGUAUUAUGAUUCUGUAGGUGGCUAACAUUCCAAUGUGUUGAACAACGAUUUUGGAAUGGAUGACACUAGCGCUAUUUGUAAAAUAAAUGCUCGCACCUUUCACAUUAUCUUUCCAAUUUAGUUUUCCGAAAGGAUACUACCAGUGAUGCUGAUGUUAUUAAAAAAGAAGAGAGUCGAUC